UUUGGUCUUCCUAUAAGAUUACUUAACAGGAAUGUAAACACCUCCUAUAAAAUUGGAACAUGCUCAGCACACAUAUUAUCCGUUCUUUGAAACCAAAGAGACAGAGAGAAAAACAUUUUCAUAAUAAUUUGUUUAUGAUAUUUGACACACAUAAAUUCAGCUUAAUAUGGAGGAUUCAUCUGUUCUUAGCCCAAUCUCUCUUCUCACCAUUGCUACCUUCUUGUUCAUUCUCAACCUCAUGAUGAUAAUCCAAGAUUUCUCAUCUUCUUUUCCCUAUUCUCUCCAUCUCUUCUUCUCAAACGCCUACAUUCUCUUCGCAUCAUCAAGAAACAAGAAGCUAAAUAUUGAGCUUCCAAUCGCAAGAAAAAUUUUCGUCCCAACUCAGGCAGAAAACAAGAUGUCGGUGAAAGAAGUCAAAACGAUGAUUGAUGACUCGGAAGCUUUAUACGAACGUUUGAUUGGAGAAGGCGAAGAAUACUUGUUAGAUAAGAGUGAGAUGAUGGGUAAGGAGAUAGUGAAGAAGGCUUUUAUAUUGUUUGACCAGAAUAAAGAUGGAUUUAUAGAUGAAAAUGAGUUGAAACAUGUGUUGUCUUUGUUAGGAUACGAUGAAUGUACAAAGAUGGAUUGUAGGAAGAUGAUUAGAGUUUUUGAUGAGAAUAGAGAUGGGAAUAUUGAUUUUAAUGAGUUUGUGAAGCUCAUAGAUAAAAGUUUCUCGUAAGAUAUAUCGGGAGCUAUUUGAUGCUCUUGUUUAAUA